CGUGGAUAUUUUGGAGACGCAUGCAAUCGUCCGUGCGGUAAAUGUAAAAGCAACAGUUACUGCGAUCGCUACACUGCAAAGUGCCAGCUUCUCUCUUGCCAGCCUCACUACACUGGCGACACUUGCCAAGAAUGUGUUGCCCAAAAUACGGAGAAAACUGCGAAAGGAACUGCGGGCGGUGUAAUAACAACGUCUCCUGUCGCCAUGACAACGGACACUGUUCCUCUGGCUGUGCUGCAGGUUGGGCUGCACCCAAGUGUGAUACAGAGUGUCCAGCCCACACUUUCGGUGAGAACUGUAGCAACAUCUGCGGCAGGUGUAAGGACAAUGUCACGUGUGACAGGGUCAGCGGCCUCUGCCCUUUACACUGCUCUGCAGGAUGGUCGGGACCUCGAUGUGACAAAGUGUGUGCCCAGUACACAUUCGGUGACAACUGCAGCACUACAUGCGGCCAGUGUAAGGACAAUGCCACCUGUCAUCAUAUCCACGGAACCUGUUCUCUGGGUUGUGCUGCAGGCCGGACAGGACACAGGUGUGACAAAGUUGAGGAGAAAGCUGAGGAGGACGAUAACAAUAUGAUGCUGAUUCCCGCUGUGGGCGGGAGCCUUCUGGGUCUUAUCAUCGUGUUCACCAUAGUCGCCAUUAUAAUCAUGAGGAGGAGGAGUCGCCAGUCCGCUGGUGUCAAAGGUGUUCUGCCUGCUGCUGAGCCCAGAGACAACAUCUCGCUCCCCGAGAACGCCUAUGUGAUGUAUAGGUCUACACCACCUAGUCCUUCAGACUGGACCCCGCCAACAGCAGCUGAAGGCGAGGCUCGAUGGAACAGGAUGAUAAUAAACAUACUGGACAAACUGCAAGGGAGGGACCUGGAGAAGGAGUUCUCGGAGCUGAGGUUUGGCAAAGUCUUUGAGUGCACAGUGGCUGUCAGGAGAAGAAACCGCCGCAAAAAUCGAUUCAAAGAUAUUCUCCCUUAUGACCACUCCCGUGUGGUCCUGGAAAACAUCAACGGUGAGGACUGCUCUGACUACAUCAACGCCAGCUACAUCAAGGGCUACAACAAGGACACAGUUUAUAUUGCAACUCAAGGUCCAAUGCAGACCACUGAGGACGACUUCUGGCGCAUGGUGUGGCAAGAACACGUGACACAGAUCGUCAUGCUGACAAAAAGCCUCACCAAAAGCCACAAGACUGCCGCUUUCUAUAAGUACUGGCCGUCUGCAGGAGAGAAGAAGAAAUAUGACCAGGUGGAAGUGACCUGUGUGGACGAGGUCAACAAGGCUCACUUCAUCGUCAGGACCUUCUCCGUGAAACAAGAUAACGAGUAUCGGCACGUGGAACAGUUCCAGUUCACUGGCUUCACAGAUCAGGAAACUCCUUCGGCCGUGUCCUUUGUCGUCUUCUGGCGAUUCGUCAACUCACGUGCUCCUCCACAUCUGUCAUCGCCUUCCAUCAUUCACUGCAGCGCUGGCGUGGGUCUGACUGGUGUUUACAUCGCCCUCGACAUCGUCAUGAAACAAGCGGAGUCUGAGAGCGAGACCAACAUCUUUGAUGUUGUCAACAGAAUACGUUUGGACAGGUGCAGCAUGGUGAAAAGCAAAGACUAUUACCUGUACUUACACCGGACUGUCCUCGAGGCUUGUGUCAGCCGCGGCACGUGUCUAGACAUGGCGACUUUCGAGAUGGUCUUUCCAGAACUUGUGGAGGUAGACAGUCCUAACAACCUCAUCGACAGGCAAUUUCAGAACCUACGAGUUCUACCGGAUGUUCGUCUUGACGACUCUUAUGCAUUUCUGGAAGAGAGCGGAGAUGACAGUAAGAAGUUCUUAACGGUUCAAAUUGAUGGAGGAUCGAUUUCAAUCAACGCAUUUUUCGUGCCUACCUUGCUCGAUGCCCAUGGGAUCAUAAUGACACCACUGCCAGAAUCGUGGGACACAGUCUGGAGUCUGGUUGAGGGCUACAGUAUCAAAGAGAUAAUGCUGUUGGGAAAUGCUUUGUGUGGAAAGCCGGGUGCAGGUCCCUACUGGCCCACACAGACAGGACACAGACUGCAGGCGGGACCUUACACUGUCUCUCUCACAGACAAACGGCAGCUGGCCACGUGUCUUACAGGCUACAGUCUCACCUGGCAGAGAAGAUAUGGAUCUGGUGGAGUGCAGCUUACACACUACAACGACUGGCAUGAAGACAUUCCCGUCAAUACUUGCGACCUGGUGUACCUGUUAAAGACGUUUACUACAACGCUACAUGAACGGGAACGUACUCCACUACUUGUUCUCUGCAUGUCAGCUCUCCACCGUGACAGUGUGGCCAGGAGCUGCCUGUUCUGUGUCAUGUGUCACCUGUUGGGUCAGAUGACGCUGGACGGACAGGUGGACGUCUUCACGGCCGUCAGACACAUGCAGAGUGUCGUCCCGGACUUCGUGCUGACAGCGGAACAAUUCCGGCUCUGUUUUCAAACGGCUCAGCAACUGCUGACAUCAGAUAUCUACGCCAACACAAUGGCGCAAUGAAAGACAGAAUAAAGCUUGUAAAAGACAGAAGGUGGAAACACCACAUCAAACUUACCUUUUAUGGCAAUGCGGACUUUCUUACAUUCGGACACAUGCAAUAAUGUGUUAAAGUAUAUGAGAUAUAGCAGUCAGCCGCUUGAGUUUGUUUGAUACAAUGUAGCUCUCUCUUAAUUCGAAGAUCUACCUUAAUAGCCACCUCAACAGCCACCUCAAAACAUACCUCAAUACCCACCUCAGCAUGCAGAGGUUUUCAGACUAAACAUUGUCAGCUGUCAGUAAGAUUAGUUUCCCGUCUCAUUUUUGUAAGGUGCAUUGUAUUCACACUACUUUGUGGCUGUUUUCAUGUUUAAGUGACUUGAUAGUGACUGCACACAUCUCAUCACCAUCUUGGGCAGUAGUUAUGAAAAGGGAAUAAGUCGUUUUCCCAGGGUAACAUGGGGAACUCAAGGAACGAUCCUUUCUAUCGAAUUUACGAUGUGAUCCCCAGACCCCUCGGAUAUUUAUGUUUCUUUAUUCCUCAUCAUCUUUGUUUCCGCUUAAUAACUACAUCUCCAGGUGUAGAACAAUAAAAGUGUGCUCAUAAUACCGCUUUAUUACUUGAAAACAAGUCUUGUAAUAAUGUUCCCCAUAUUCCCCUGGGCAACGCCUUAUUUCCGCAUCGUAACUACCGCCCCUGAAUUGCCUGCUCUUAUUUCCCAAUGUUUAAUGUCACACAUCUUACAAGGCUCUUCCUCAAGCAGCUAGCUUAAGCAGCUUUAAUGGAGAAUAAACAUCCGAUAUUAAUAUUGUCUUAUGUAGAAUGUCGCUUUGUGAGACAGCUCAGCUUUGUUCUGUGAUGUUUGUGUGACUACAUGCAACACUUUAUGCUUCUAGUUGCCCAUUGAAAUUUUAAAUGAAAGCUUUUUGAAAUUUCAUUAACAUCAAUAUCAUUAGGUUAUGUAAAUACAAUAAUAUAUUAAGCAGGAAUGCGUGUUUAUUGAAGCUGUUUACCAUCGCUUAGGCUGCUGAGUAAGUUAAACUGAACAAGUUGUUUUUGGUAGUAUCGUUUGACAUGAUAUGCAUCGGACACAUGCAUCCACAUAAGCACACACACUAACACACACACACACACUCACUAACACACACAUACGUACGCACAUACGCCACUCGCCUACUUUCAUUCAACUGGUCGCAAUGAUCGACUGGCUUGUCUGUUUGCGUGUAUUUCAAUGUUUAGUAACCGGAUUUGUACAGUGUGUCUCCUGUGUCCGGCACAAUCGAUUCAUCAGCACAUCGCCUGUAUAAACCUUCCUCCUCGUCGACAUCAGUUGUAUCAGUCAUGGCGAGCGCUGUGUCUCUCAGUGUCUCUGGUCUGUUUCUGUUGAUAACUUUGUGCCUCGGGCAAGGAGUGUAAACCCAAGCACUUGGCAUUGAGUUGAUCUGUGUUCAUCUCCUACCUGGUUUGUCCCAGACAAUGUGGCCCCCAACAAAACCUACAGUCAAAGCUCGUAUCACAUCUUAACUCCAGACGCAUCAAAGGCGGCAAACGGC